AUGGAUGACUAUGCAAUAAGAGAUGCUGUUACCUUUGGGUACUUGUCCAUGAUGAUAAGCGCAAGCGGCGUGGACUUGAUGAUUUCUUCACGAUGGCCCUCUUCAUCAAGGACAUACGCCAUUAAUGCCGUAUUCCAAUGGUUGUUUGCUGGCAUUUUCUGUGGUGACGGCAGCUUUUGCGGCGAGUCUGAAGAUAAGCAAAAUCUCGACAUCGAACCAGAAGUAAAGCCCAUAGAUGUCCUCGUUGGGAGGCCAUUCUGGCAUUUCCACUUGCAGCACGUCCAGUUCAAGAAGCUCGCAGGCGUCGGAAACCCCAAAUAA